AUGUUCCCGCCACCACCACCGCCGCCCGAUUUUCCGAACUUCGGCUUCGACUCGACGUUCCCGGCGCCGCCACCUCUACCAUCUAGCGCGGAUUUGUUCAGCAGCAGCGAGACGAAUGAUCUCUUCGGAUUCCUCGACAGCUUUGGCUUUGACUUUGAUGCUCCAUUACCGCCCAACAACGCGAAUACGAAUAAUUCUGGCUUUGAUCUGAGUGCUACGGGGAAUUUCUUGCAGAACUCCUCGUCGCUGCUUGAUCCGCCCGCGCCUUCAUCGGACGUCAAUACGUUCAGCUCGCUGCUGUCGCCGUCGUUCGGGGCGGAUCUGACGAGCUUCACGGGCCCGCAGUCGCUCACUGCACCAGCGGCACCACACCCAUUACUAUCUCACGACUCGUCCAACUCGCUCGCAUCGCCGACGACACCGACCGCACCCACGCGGACAUCUACUCGUGCCCCGUCAAAGCGCAAAGCAGCUGCAUCCAACUCGCGGUCGCGCUCACCAGGCUCUGCCGAUGGCGAUGCGCAGUCCAAGGAGAAGAAAGCCCUGCUCUCUUCGCCUCAGAAGCGCUUGAACCACAUCUUAUCCGAGCAGAAGCGACGGAACGCUAUCCGCGACGGAUACGCUUCGCUCACUACUCUGCUGGCGCCUGCGGGUGCGCCGCCCGGCAGCGGGAUGCCGACGAGGGGUCGGCCGAAGGGGAGUGGCGCGAGCGGCAGGGGACGGACGAGAGGGAAGAGCGGCGUGCUCUUCAGGGCGGUCGAGUAUGUCAGGUGGCUGGAAGAGGGCGUGGGCGAGCUCGAGAGGGAGGUCGGGCGGGUCGAGAUGAUGGCCAGCGUGGCGGCUUGA